AUGGUCCUCUACGUCUUGCCUCUCGUUGCCAUUGCUGCGCUCGCGCUAUUCAUCAUCCGCGGAAAAUUCGUCAACAGGCCGCCUCCAGGCUACAUCGAUGCUCCAGGGCCCUCGGGUGCUCUGCCCGUAAUUGGGCACGCACAUCUCCUGGGCCUGCACCCGCAUCGCCAAAUUCAAAAAUGGGCGCGCGACUUCGGUGAUUUAUACAAGGUCAGAUUGGGGUGGCAUGACUGGUACAUGUUGUGUUCGCCAGAGGCAGUGAAGGAGGUCAUGGAUCGCCAAAGUGCGAGCACCAGUUCAAGGGCACCCAUGCCCGUGGCGAGUGAGGCUUUGAGCGGGGGAAUGAGGUUCCUGUUCAUGGAGUACGGAUCGGAGUGGAGAAAAUUGAGAGGGGUCAGUCACAAGUUGCUUACUCCGGUGGUGAGUUCGACUUUCAAGCCUAGUCAGGAAUGGGAGGGCAAGAUGCUCCUCGAAGAGAUACUAAAGGGCACUUUGUGCAGCAAAGUGGGAGAUGACAGUGCAUAUAAGGCUGUAAGACGAUACACAGUCAGUGUCAUCAUGACUAGUACAUAUGGGAGGAGAAUUCCUCAAUGGGAAUGCGACGAGGUUCAUGAGAUAUAUGGGAUUAUGAAUGAUUUCUCUAACACAGCAACACCAGGAAAAUACAUAGCCGACAGUAUUCCUCCGCUGGGGCGACUCCCGCCACGCUUGCAAUGGUGGCGAAGUUCCCUGAAGCCACUUUUCGAUCGGCAAGCCAACUUAUGGAUGCGACUUUGGAAUUUAUUGCGGACGCAAAUGGACACCGGUCAAGCUCCUGAAUGUUUCGUUAAGCAAGUGAUAGAGAGUAGAUAUGAAAACCAGGGUAUCAGUGAGCUUCAGGCUGCAUUUCUCGCAGGCAGCCUGAUUGAGGCUGGAAGUGAGACAACAUCAGCUGCUUUGAAUACCGCGAUUCUGUAUCUCUGUGCAAACCCCGGAGUACGAGCGAAAGCUUUCGAAGAGAUUGAUCGAGUGGUAGGAACAGAGAGGAGCCCAACAUUUGAGGAUGAAUCAGAACUACCAUACGUCAGGGCAAUCGUGAAAGAAACCAUGAGAGUACGGCCUGUUACGAAUAUUGGAACACCCCAUUUCACAACGGCACCGAUCACGUACAAGAACAUACACAUCCCGGCCAAAAGCAUGGUGGCAAUCCAACAAUACGCUAUACAUUAUGACCCAAGUCUAUUUAUCAACCCGGAAGAAUUCAAUCCAUCGCGGUACCUAUCAUAUCCCGAAAAGGCGGGUUUCUAUGCUGCAGGCCCGGCUUCUGAUCGUGAUCAUUGGAAUUUCGGCGCGGGCAGAAGGAUCUGCUCUGGACUUCACCUGGCAGAAAACAGCAUGUUCAUCGUCAUAGCGAAGCUACUAUGGGCCUUCGACAUCCUGCCGCCUUUAGAUGGCGACGGUAAACAGGUGAAGGUCGACACAAGUGAUAACGCAUUUGAGCCUGGUGGUAAUACAGUUCCAAAGCCGUUCAAGUGCAGAUGGAAGGUCAGAAGUGAGAAGACUGCAUUGACUAUCGAGCGCGAAGUAGCAUUUGCGAAGAGGGAUGGGUACAUUCUCCGUGGUAUGAAAGUUGCAGAAAACGGGGUGGAAAUAUAA